AUGGAGCCCAUCUGCAGAGUCAGAUCGCUUGCAUGGGUCUCAUUGCUAUCGUGCCUCGCUGUUGCUGUGGCCGACGCAAACCACACGGCCCCAGCGCAAAAGGCCUGGGGCAGCUGCCAGGCCUUUGGUUGUUCCAAUGACUACAGGCCCCACCAGAGCUGUCAGUGCAACGAGAAAUGCGAGGGCUACGGCAACUGCUGCAACGACUUCAAGGCUUGUUCUGGCAGCUGUCAGUCUUUUGGUUGCCCUACUGACUUCCAGGCAAAUCGUGUCUGCCAAUGCAACUCCCAAUGCGAAGCCUUUGGGAACUGCUGCGCAGACUACAAGGCCUGCAAGGCAUCCCCGGCACAAUCUCCAGCCAAGCCUCAGGCCCCCGUGGCACAACGAGGACAGGGUGCAAGUUGCCCAGGCACGAUCGAGUUGCGUGGACAUGGCUCCAUGCAGCUGUCGAAUGCAUACUGGAACAAGCCCUGGGACCCCGCUGGCGAAGUGAGGCUUCAAAAUGGAGCCAUCGAAGUCUUCAUGAAGGGAAGGACUUACUUCUCAGACGUUUGCCAGCCUGGUGAAUUCUCCAAUGGUCACUACAGCAGCCUGCAGCUGCUGGGCAAGCGCAUGCGCUGGACCACAGAUGUCUCCAAUGCCGAAUGUGGCUGUAACGCUGCCGUCUACCUUGCAUCUCUGCCUCAGAAUCAGGAGGUUUCUGGCUGUGAGGACUACUACUGCGAUGCAAAUAGCGUCUGUGGGGUGCGUUGCACUGAGAUCGAUCUGCAAGAGGCCAACAAGCACGCCUUCCACUCUGUGCUGCAUUUGGCGCAGGAUGGCUCCGGCAAGGGUUCUGGGUAUGGCGGUGGAAGUACGUGGAACUCACACCGGGAUUGGACUCGGCAAGAGUAUGGGCCUGGGGGGCGCUGCAUCGACACACGCCGGCCUUUCCAGGUCGAGGUUGGCUUCCCCACGGAUUCACGGGGCCGUCUGCGUGCCUUGACCACGCGCCUCUCGCAGAGCGGAGGCCGUUGUGACUUGUCAGCUGAGAUCUCCGCAGAGAGUUACCAGUUUGGGGGAAGUUCCAGUGUGGAGGAGCUCACUCAGGCCCUGACUCGGGGUAUGACGCCCAUUGUGAGCUAUUGGAGUGCGGAAAACAUGCUUUGGAUGGAUGGCAAAGGAGCGGAUGGGCUCGGCCCCUGUGCCCGGGAUGAGCCGCAGCGCUGCGGCGACUCCGCGAGGUUCUCGGACUUCGCCGUCGAGAACCUCUGGGAGCGACUGAUUUAA